AUCGCUCGCAUUUGCAGUCGCUCUUUCUUGCCGUCGUCCUUCAUCCCCGUCUACCCAAGACAACAGUCAUUCUUUUCAACACCAUACACUCCUUACUUCCCCCCCAUCAUUCAUAACAAUGUCUUUCGCAACAUUCCGUCGCUUUGCGCUGAUUGCUGUGAUCAUCCUUUCUAUCAUCGAGCUAGGUAUUGCUGCCAGCAUCAAGGACAAGCUUGGAAUCGCCACUGGCGUGCUUUCCUCCGUUGGAAUUGCAGUAUCACUGUUCAUGGAGCAGUCCGAGGAACCUGCCGUCAUUAACUGGGUUGGUGUGGAAGUGUUCUGGACUGGACUACUUUGGGUUCUUUGGAUCGCUACUGCCGCCCUGGGCACCACGAAUUCAAGUGGAUGCUCCUCCUUCUUCCACUUCUACCAGGGUGUCUACUGGAGCUAUGAUGCCAGUUUCUGCAACAAGUUCCACGUCAUCCAAGCAUUCUCGUUCAUCAACGCCUUCACCCUGAUGGCAAUCUUCAUCUGGAAUCUCAAGAUCGCUGUCAGCGCACAUUCGCAAGGUCAUGCUCGUGUCUGGCGCAUGCCUGCUGCCAUGUACGACCCCCGCCGCCCCUAUGGCAACUCUGGAGCGAUGAACGGUGGCAAGGAGGAGCGCACAGAGCAGGUAUAGGCUGGCUCUACUCACAACCUGCUCGGUUGUGCCGAGUGCCCUAUUGUUACCCCCUCUCGCGUUGCACGCCUAUAUCAUCCUUUGGGUUUCCUCUUUUACGCCUUUCCUUGCUGUUGUCACAAAUUCUUGUCGGGCUAGGAUGGUUAUACUUUCUUGCUCUGUGGAGUCUGUUGUACACUUCCAGCGACCCGCUAUCGGGGCUUUCUGUACAGAGCUAAUUUUCAAAUGGAAGUUGUGUGUAAU